UUUAAGCAGCAGCUGUUUGCCUCUCUGCAGGCCAAUCAAGGUGGGUUCCAGGCGAAGUGUGUUCACGAACCCAGACUCCAGGUAACACCUUCCAGCAGAGAGACAGAGCAAAGCGAAGAGAGUAGCAAAGAGAGAGUGAAGCUGGAGUGGCUGGCGAAAGAGAGAAAGCGCAAAGCUGGGGGAUCCAAUGAGUGGUUCGUACAUUCCUACGGAAGAUGAAAAGAGGGUCUUCAGAGAAUGCAAUGAAGAGAGUUUCUAUUAUAGAUCACUGCCAUUUUCUGGGAUGAGCAUGCUUCUAGCUCAAGUGUUGAUCUCUAGAGGAAUACUUUCUUCUUCACCUAGAUUUGGGUCUUUACCUAAAGUUGUGUUUGCUGGUGCUUGUGGUUAUCUGGCAGGAAAGAUUUCCUACAUGAAGAUAUGUCAGGCAAAGUUCAUGAAACUGGAAAAUUCACCAUUAGCAGAAGCUAUACGGACAGGAAGAAGAAUCCACCCAUCACAUUUUUCAAAUGUGAAAUCCGGAUUUACUGACAGCCCUGUAAAACAACCAGCAAUCUCCUCUUCACAGUUUGACAGGCCAUCCUCCUACUCCGAUGAUUACAGUUAUGCUGAUCGCUCUCUGUCUAACUAUAAUGAAGUACCAUUCAGUUCUUCACUCAGUGAGUCAGCUCCAACGGGGGCUGACAGCACUUUAGAAGAACCUAAUGAAGUGUCAGAAGAAUUCCAGCCUGAAAAGAAACACAUGACAUACGAAGAAUUAAGGAACAAAAAUAGAGAGAUGUACGAGGUUACACUGACACAGAAAGCAGAGUCUUUCAACAAACCUUCAGCCAGAGCUCCCAAAACGGAAGUAAAAACCAAUCAGUAUGGUGAUGCCUGGGAAGACUAAAGAAACACUGUGCACGACGUUCAUGGGUAAAGUCUUCAGAUUGUGGGAAUAAUCCACCCACUUCUUGGAAAUAUGGAUACCUGAAAUUGUGUGUUUUUAAAAACUUUGUUCAAUUUGAUCCCAAACUGAUUGGUCACAAGGGUAUUACGUUGACUUGAAUGAUGGAAUCCUUUUGAACUAUUACAAUGGUGCAUUGAUCAACUAUUUACAACUUGGUCAUGCCAAUGUUUUAUUGCUUUAUUCAAAAGAUUUAUCUAAUCCUUCGCUUCAGAAUUGAGUUAAAGUUCAAAAAUAUUUAAUGUUCUGCAUUCACUUUAAACAUGGCAAUUUUCAACAAUGAAGGCAUUCAGAACAAAAUAUUACUUUAACUUCAAAUAUUAAAGGGACAUCCUCAGAACGAACGAUUGAUUUAUUUCCAGUAGUGAGAUGCCUCACUGCUGUACCCACUGAUCAGAUUUGCCUUUUAAAUUAAACAGAUUCAACCAAAGUGAUGGACUGUGUACAGUGUGAUUCUUGUAACAGUGCCAUGUGAUUACAGUAUUCAUAUAAUUCAGCUAUUUUUCUUAGUUCAAGUAUCAAGUUGACUGUAAAUGAAUUAAAGAUAUUUGUUCUUAUGUUUUUUUUCCCAGUGUGCUUUAUCAAGAAUUGAAACAAAGUUUGUAUUUUUACAAUGUAAAAAAAACACAAAUUUUUCAGAUUUAAAAAGUGAAUAUAUGUGAAAUAUGCUGAAUUUUGAAAUAGAUUUGCAGACAAUAUGGUGGUGUAGUAGAUUUAUUUAAGCACUUCGGGCAUGAGACUCAAAAUCCUGAAAACCAUUCAAUGGGAAAAGUGGUGGAGGGGUGGUAUUCAGUGGGAUGUAGUGGUUAAGUAAGUUAAGUAUUGCUUUGCACUGGGCUUUGAUAUAAAGCAGUGGUGGUCAACCUUUAUGGUUGGCUUACAAAAUAUAUUUUCUUGAUUGAUUAUUUCUUCAAGAAAAUUAAA